AUGGUGCGUCAUCUCCACGAUGGCAUGAUGGCGCGAGUCACGGACAAUGAAGCUGUCUCAGAGGCAUUUGCGAUGGCCAACGGAGUGAAACAGCGCUGCGUCCUCGCAUCCACUCUCUCUAGUCUUAUGUUUACUGCCAUGCUGGUGGACGCCUGCUGUGACGAACGUCCGGGAUCCGCAUUGCCUACAGGAAAGACAUCCACCCUCCACCACAGGCGGAUGCACUUCCAGUCGCGUGUAUCCACAACCACCGUCCACGAACUUCUCUUCGCCGACGACUGCGCCCUCAAUACUACCCGGGUAGAGGAUAUGUAAAGGAGGAUAAAUCACUUCUCCGCCGCCUUCGAGAACUUCGGUCUGAUCAUAAACACGGAGAAGGUGGCGGUCAUGCACCAACUGCCACCCAACGCAACCCCCAAGGCGCCACAAAUCAGCGUGGACGGAACCCAACUGCACGUAGAGGACAACUUCCCGUAUCAAAGCAGCACCCGCUCCUGCAGGACCAAAAUCGACAACGAAGUUGUCCGCCGCAUUUUCAAAGUCACUCAAACUUUCGGCCGCCUGCAGAACACCGGCUGGAACUGUCACGGUCUCCAUCUCACCAUGAAGUUGGAGUCAUCCUGCGGACGCUGUUGUAUGGAGCGGAGACCUGGACAGUUUCCAAAAAGCAGGCACGCAGACUCAAUCAAUUCCACCUCAGCUGCCUUCGACAGAUACCGAAGCUGAUGUGGCAGGAUCAGACCCCAGACACUGACGUAUUGGAAAAGACGGGAGUCCUCAGCAUCUGCGUCAUGCUGAGACAACUGCAGCUGCGUCGGAGUGGCCGCUUCGUGCGGAUGGACGACGAACGGCUACCCAAACGGCCGUUCUAUGGAGAUUUCGCCAGGGGUUCCCGACGUCAUGGAGGCCAGAUCCGUCGACAUAAGCAGACUCUGAAGACCUCCCUCAAGCGUCUGCAGAUUAACCCGUCCAAAUGGGAAGACCUCGGUUGAGACCGGCCGACCUGUAGGAGGACAUUGAAGACAAACGUAGUGAUCUACAAAGCCAACCACAUCGCCGCCGCGAAAGCCAAACGAGAAGCACGCAAAUCUCAACUGCACCCGCCUCGCAGCGCCAACAUACAACCGACUUCAACGUGUCCACGGUGUUAACGGACAUCCCGGGCCCCGAUUGGAUUUGUUGGACACUUUCGGACCAACUGCAGCACUCGGACUGCACCAAAUGUCCUCUCUCCGUCCGCCUCUCCCUCACCUCUUACGCCGUCAACUAACUCUGACCGUGUUCACGAACCACCACUACCACCCUCCUCUUCCUCCACUGCUUCAACGUCCUCCGUUGCGGCGUCUGUCAUGCACAUCAACACUAGACACGAUCGUGACACACCAGCAGACAUCAACACCACCAACGUCGACGCCAGUGAUGGGGACCUGGACUAUACCUGUCCUCACUGCGAUUUCACCUUCACAUCACACAUCGGCCUGGCCGCUCACCUGAGAAUCCAUCGCGCAGAGACUGGCGAGUCAGUGCCUGAAACACCAACCUACACACGCCGCAUCCGCCUCCACUGUCCACACUGUCAUCGCACAUUCAAGCAUGCAUGA